UUUGCUUAAAACAGCUGUUGGGCUGGACGAAGAAAAGGGCGCAAUGUUUUUAAUUAGAAGAUAUUACAGCAGCGUCCAGCGCAUCGCUCAAAUAGCUAAUGCUACCAAGCCGGGUGAUACGCUCCAAAUCCAGGGCUGGAUAAAAAAUGUGCGACGGCUAAAGAACAACAUAUUCCUGGACAUCAGUGAUGGUUCCACGAGCGAAAAAUUUCAACUGGUUGUGCCACGGAACCUGGAUACACAUCAACUGACACUGGGCAGCGUAGUCAGCGCCGUGGGUCGUGUCCAGUUGGCGCCCAAUGGACACUACGAAUUGCACGCUGAUGAAGUGAAGGCACUGGCGGAGGGUCAUGUGCAGAGCGGAUAUCCCUUCUCGCCCAAGCAGAAACAUCCACCGGAGUAUGUGCGGGAACAUUUACAUUUGCGCUCCCGCAUCGACUACAUUGCCGCCCAGAUGCGCAUCAGGCAUAAGGCACAGAAGGCCAUACACGACUACAUGGACGCGCUGAAUUUUGUGCAGAUUAACACGCCCAUCUUGACUACGAACGAUUGUGAGGGUGCUGGCGAGGUUUUUCGCGUGCAACCCGAUUCGGAGCGGUUGCUUAAACAAAUGGCGCGGCCCAAUGUGCCCCCGGAGCAGAGUUAUUUCGAUCAGAAGGUAUUUUUGAGCGUUUCCGGUCAACUGCAUCUGGAGGCCAUGUCCUAUGGCCUGGGCAACACGUACACCUUUGCGCCUGCCUUUCGUGCAGAAAAUUCAAAAUCUCCGUUGCAUUUAGCAGAGUUUUACAUGUUCGAGGCGGAACUGGUGCAUAUCGAGCAGCUAGAUACGCUGGCGGCAUUCAUAGAACGUAUGCUCAAAGACAUUACCAAUCGCCUGCUCAACAGUAGUGCGUCCGAUUUGCAUUUUUGCCAGCAGAAUGCCAAUGCCAGCUCAGAUUUGGCCUGGCUACAGGCGCCUUGGAAGAUUCUUAGCUAUGACGAGGCCAUGGCGCUGGUUGUGGCUAACAGCGAUAAGUUAAAGAGUGCUGUUAGCCCGGAUGAGGGCUUUAGCAAGGAGCAGGAGCUAUUUCUUGUGGCACACUGCGGUGCGCCCGUCUUUGUGCUAAAUUGGCCCACGCAACAGAAACCUUUCUAUAUGAAGAUCUCACGCAGCGAUCCGCAACGUGUUCAUGCUCUGGAUUUGCUAAUGCCCUCGGUGGGCGAGUUGUGCGGCGGCAGCCUGCGUGAGUGCGAUGCUGAGCUUCUUGCUGCGCAUCCACAAUUGCCCAAGGAUCUGGCCUGGUAUGUGGAUUUGCGAAAGUACGGCGGAUUGCCUACCGGCGGUUUUGGCAUGGGCUUUGAGCGUUAUCUACAACUGCUGACGGGCGUCAAGAACAUAAGGGAUGUAAUACCCUAUCCACGUUAUCCGCACAGCUGUAAAAUGUAGCCGCAAAACUCUAUUUUCUUUUUGUUUUGUAUAAGUUGUUAUUGAAUUUACAAAACUCGAGCUACAAAAAAAGAAUAAUUAAUUUGCAAGCGCGCUUGUUGGAGAUUCCAAUUUGGAAGCAGGGCACGCUACUUGGACUAGGCUGUCCCAGAUUUUGUGUAUGUCAACUGGUCAACUAAAUAAACAUCAGCAUAGGGAUAUGCUGUUCUGUA